GACAGAUUGAGAGACAGAGACGGAGACAGACAGAAAGGGAGAGAGACGAACUGAGACCGAGACCAAGUAGAUACAAACAGGUGUGUGUAUCAGGAGUGUGUAGCGUGUACCCGGUGUCGUGAUGGACGGAGUGUGUGAGGACGACCUCUGCUGGCUGCAGCUGGAUGAUUUCAGGAUGCUGCUCAUCAAAACCAUCGAACCGUCAAGAAUCACUCCCUACCUGCGCCAGUGCCAGGUGAUCAGUGCUGAGGAUGAGGAGCAGCUCUUCAACGACCCCGCCCUCGUCGUCAGGAGGAGAAAAGUUGGAGCGCUGCUGGACAUCCUGCAGAGGACAGGGGUCAAAGGUUACACGGCCUUCCUGGAGAGUCUGGAGCUGGAUUAUCCUCAACUGUACAGUCGAAUCACCGGGAAGGAGCCUAACAAGACCUUCAGCAUCCUCAUCGACACUGCAGGAGAAUCUGGUCUGACCCAGUUCUUGAUGUCGGAGCUCAGCCGCCUGCAGAGGGCGUUGCAGGGCGAGAGGAGACGCCGCCAACAGGCCUGCUCUGUUGCCAAGGAACAGGAGGCGUGGUCUCGGCAGCAGCAGCUGAGGGACCGCGAGCUGAGGAAGCUGACUGAGCGCGUGCAGAAGGUUAGGGAGGAGCGGGAGCGGCUGAGCGAGGAGGUAAAGCAGCUCAGGGACCACAACUACAGUCUGAUGGCCGACAUCAACACUCUGAACCAGGAGAAGAGUAGCGCCCUGCUGGCCAACAGAGACCUGCAGAUAGAGGUGGAGCGCCUGAAUCACACAGUGCUGCGAGCUGAAAGUCAGACUCGGCUGUUACGAAGACGAACACUGAGACCACUGCAGGAGAGCAGGAGUCUGGCUCUGCCCACAGAGACCUUCUUCCACCCCAACAGACUGGAGGAGCAGAGAGGGGAGAAACAGGAGGAGAAAAGUGAGGAGAAGGAGGAGGAGAAAAAACAGGAGAAGCAAGGAGAGAAGGAGGAGAGUCCAGCUCCUUCUCAGAUGACCCUCCUCGUGUUCAGACUGAGGAGAGAUCUCCACAGAGCAGAGGAGCAGAAAGCCAGGGGUCUGGAGGAGAAGGAGGAGCUGGAGCUGCGCUGUACUCAGCUGAAAGGAGACGCCAGGAUGUACCGUCAACGACACAAACAAACCCUCAGACAGCUGGAAGAGGUGAUCAGAGAGAGAGACAAGGCUCUGUCGUCGCGGGCGGAGCAGCAGGAGGAGGUGCGGCAGCUCCUGCAGGAGAAGGACCAGUACAGGGAGCAGGUCAGACAGCUCACUGAGCAAUCUGAUAGGCUGGAGCUCCUCCUGCUGAGAUCACAGGGGGAGGAGCUACAGCUGAGGACACGCCUCCGCCGACUCAACUGCAACACCCACCAGUGUGAGAGGAGUGUGAGCAGUGAGGAAGAGGAGGAGCCAACAGAGAACGCGGUGAAAGGAAGCAGUGAGGAGGUUCGCAGCGGGACGUCAGGGGAGAAUGAGGAGGCGGCAGCGCUGCAGCAGCACAGCUCUCCUCUAGGAGGCGCUGCAGAGUCUGAGCAGAAGCCCAGCACUACUGCAUCAUGGGAAAAGCAGACAGACGACUGUCUGACCUCCAGAAGUCGACCGAACUUCUUUUACCGCAGGAAGCGAGCCGUCAGGUCAAAGUUAAUCUGUAAGGAGUACACAGCCGGUAACCUUGACGACAGCAGUGGCAGUGACAUCACUGACUCCGACUGAACACACCUGAGAUCACAUGACCAAACAUCACCAUAACUCAAACACACUUUGACUUUUUUGUGUGCGUGGUUUUGGGUUUUUCUCUGUUUGAUCUUUUAUUUCCUCUGAACUGGUUUUUAUUGCAGACACCUGUCCGUCCCUGGUCUGUUUUAAGUCUUUAUUGAUCAUCUGAUCAUCAGUUCAUCACUGUGUGUUAAAUGAGGUUGUUGGUUUGUGAGCUAGCGGACAGUGUGUUUGGAUUGUUUACUGCAGUAAAAGUACUAACACCACCCUGUGAAAAUACUCUGGUACAGGUAAACGUCCUGCACUGAAAAUGUUACUCAAGUAUAAGUAAAUGUAAUCUGGAAAAUGUACUUAAAAUAUUAAAAGUGAAAGCACUCAAAGCAGAAAAGUGUACCAUGUGAGUUUUAUAUUAUUAUGUAUUAUAUCAUUACAUUAUUAUUACUGGUGCUGGAGUCGGUGGAGGUGGAGUUAAUUUUAUACAGGGUACAACUGAUUGAUUUGUUUGUAAAACAUCAGAAAAUAAGUGUUGCCACAGUUACUCAGAGCUAAAAGUGAAACCUUCGCAAUGUUUGUUUUGCCUGAUCGACAGACCAAACCUCAAAAUUAAUAACCAUUAGAAAAUUAAAAAGACAAGAAGCAAAUCUUAACAUUUGAGAAACUGGAACCGGGAAAUAUUUGGUAUUUUGAAAUGAAAAUGGACUGAAACCAUUAUCAAAGUAGUUUCCAAUGAAUCUUCUGUCGGUCAACUAUUGGUUUCAGCAGAGCUUGUAUAUUGACGGGCGGUUUAAAACAUAAUAAAACAU